AUGAAGCUCCUCUACCCAACCUCCCUAGUCCUGGACAUCGAUUCCCUGAAAGGUUUCGCCCCGGAACUCCACUCCUAUGACGUCAAGCAGCCAAUCCCCGAAAACCUGAUCGAUGCCGAGAUUCUGGUGACCUGGAGCAACAGCGCCGAUAACCUCAAAGAUGCCGCAGGACGUAUGAAGAAUCUCAAAUGGAUCCAAUCUCUCGCUGCCGGACCGAACGAUGUGCUGAACGCUGGGUUUGAUAGUCAAAAGAUCACGAUCACCACGGGAUCUGGACUCCAUGACUUCACAGUGGCGGAACAUACCCUCGGCCUACUGCUCAAUGCUGCGAGAAAGUUCUACGAGAUGCGAGACUACCAGCUUCAAUCGCAAUGGCCGCAACAUCUUGGUGGACCUCAACCGGAUAGGCCGAAGGGCAGUUUCACGAGUCUGAGAGGUGCGAAUGUGUUGAUUUGGGGUUUCGGAAACAUUGCCAAGACUUUGACGCCGUUGUUGCGAGAGUUGGGUGCGAAUGUUCGUGGUGUGGCGAGGAGCGCUGGCGUGAGAGAAGGUGUCGAGGUCAUCUCGGAGGAGCAGUUGCCCAAAGCAUUGGGCGAGACUGAUGCGUUGGUCAUGAUCUUGCCCGGUAGCGAGAGCACGAACAAGGCGCUCAAUGCGGAGCGAUUGAGCCAGCUGCCAGACCAUGCGUGGGUUGUCAACGUAGGUCGUGGUAUGUGUGUCGACGAGGAUGCGCUGGUGAAAGCACUGAAUGAGGGGAAGAUCGGUGGUGCUGCGCUGGAUGUGUUUGUGAAAGAACCGCUGCCCAAGGAGAGUGCGCUGUGGAAGGCGAAGAACUGUGUGAUCAGCCCUCAUGCUGCUGGUGGGAGGCCACAGGGCGCGGAGGAGUUGAUUGCGUACAAUUUGAGGAGGCUGCUGGCUGGUCAGGAGCUGAAGAAUGUGAUCUAA